UUUGUUCAGUUGCGCUCAGCUGCCGGAGAGGUGAGCACCGCUCCGGAGCUCCUCAUCUCCACCGUCCACUCACUCACUCUUCCUCCUUUUCUCCUCCUCCUCCUCCAGGAGUCACGCACGGAUGCCGCUCCUCUUUCACGGAUAAAGACCAACAGCGAGUGUGCCUGUGUUUUCUUUUCCACACACGUUUUUAUUGACUUUUUUUUUUAUGCCCUGUGGCUCACUACCACUUGCAUCACAUCCUACGGCUCUGGGAAGGCUGCGCGAGCAUCGCACUGCAUUCCUCUGGACCGGACCUCACCUCUGCCGGAAGGUUGCGGCUGUCACCUUUUUCUUCAAUGUUGCCACGUUCUGCCUGGCUGAGCGAAGCGUAAUCCGGACACAGACAAGGGGGGGGAUUCGAUUUUACACUUAAGUCACAGGCCUGGCAGGACGUGCGACGUGAUGCCUCCGUGUGGACUGCAGAACUUGCUGGCCCUCCUGCUGCUUCUUCAUGCUGUCAGCCACGGCUUAAGUGAUGCCGACCCUGUGGUGAGCAUGCAUAAAGUGACCUAUCACAGCAUCAGCGAGGAGAUGUCCAAGACGGUGGUGCUCCCCUGCCUCUUCUCCUUGCGCCCUGGCGCCAUUCCGUCCCACGAGCCUCCCCGCGUCAAAUGGUCCAAGGUGUGGGGUCAGCAAGGCACGGACGGCUCGCGGAAAGAGCAGUCGAUCCUGGUGGCCAAAGACAAUGUAGUCAAGGUGAAAAAGGCUUUUCAAGGUCGGGUAUCGCUGCCUGGUUACGGCAAUAACCGAUACAAUGCCAGUCUGGCUCUGACAGGCUUGCGAUCCAGUGACUCUGGCCUGUACCGCUGUGAAGUUGUGAUGGGCAUUAACGAUGAGCGAGACACUGUCCCGCUGGAGGUCACAGGCGUGCUCUUUCAUUACCGCGCUCCCCCCGACCGUUACGCCCUGUCCUUCGCUGACGCCAAGCGGGUGUGCGCUGAGAACUCGGCAGCCAUCGCCACGCCGGGUCAGCUGCAGGCGGCCUUUGCCGACGGCUAUGAGAACUGUGACGCCGGGUGGCUGUCGGACCAGACCGUACGGUAUCCAAUCCAGUCACCUCGGCCUGGUUGCUAUGGCGAUCGUGACGACUCACCCGGCAUCCGUAACUAUGGCAAUAGGUUCCCGGACGAGCUGUUUGAUGUCUACUGCUUUGCCAAGCGGCUACAAGGUGAAGUGUUCCACUCCACCGUGGAAGAGAAACUGAAUCUAGCCACGGCCUCCACCCAUUGCCAUUCGCUGGGAGCCCAGCUGGCCACCGUGGGCCAGCUGUACCUGGCCUGGCAGGCCGGUCUGGACCAGUGCGACCCGGGCUGGCUGGCUGACGGCAGUGUGCGCUACCCCAUCAACGUACCGCGGAGGAACUGCGGGGGGGACGAGCCCGGCGUGCGAACGGUCUACAGCAACCCUAAUCGGACCGGCUUCCCCGACACCACGGCCAUGUUUGACGCUUACUGUUACCGAGCCCAUCAGCCUGCAGAUGUACAAGCCGCAGAGGCCCUUGCUCCCCUCCACGCCAAAAUCCCAGCUGCACAGACCGGCUCCCCACUCAGCCGUACCCAAAUGGGCACCCCAUUACCCAAGACGGCUACUCGGACCGAUCUGACGGACCUGAACGAAGCUAUCACAAACGACUCCUCCGACAUCUCUGACGAACACGUCGUCAUCCACUUGAGUCCCUCGCAGGGUUGGGAUAACCAACAAGACGGCGCCCCGACCGGUCGAUCACGCCCAGCUGAAGCCGACGAAAUGAAAACGAGCGAUGCUCCAAUGGAGCAGGAGAGCCACGGAGGUUCGGCCCAAGAGGAAGUAGAUGCUUCUUUUGACACUCUCCCAUCAGCGGCCUCGACCACCUCUCAGCCUCACACCAGUAAAAGCAUGCUGACUGACUUUGUUAACACGCUAAUGAAGCCUUUCAAGUACUGGGCUGGGAGCGGGAUGGGCCAAACCUCCAACAGGAGCCAGACUUUGAGCUCACAAGCCAGUGAAAACAAGGGCGGCAGCGACAACGCCAUCACGGAGCACGGGAGUCACGAUUCUCCCUCCAGGCUUCUCCAUGCCAGUGGAUUACAGAGCGCUGACGAUGGUCUGUCUGAGCAGGAGAAAGAGGAGAUGCCGCUCUUUCCAGUACUGUCCGCAGUCCAAAACGGCAGGAAAAUUGAGUCCGCCACACAGCAGGAGGGCAAAUUUGCCAAUCGUGGGAUAACUGCAGUGGACCCUGAAAGUCAUACAAGUCCCAAUGAACGGAUCAAGUUUCCCAAAGGAGGUCCAGCGUGGGCCAUCAAGUCAUUACGGCGCUCCAGAGUAGGCUUUCCAAGGAAUGUUGCCAGAACUCACACUUGGGAUCCUUUGGAAGCCAAAUCGGGACUCCUUGAGAUAAUCACCCUGCCUGACUCUUUUCGCCAGGACACAGUAGAAAAUUAUUCUGGUGAAGGGAGGGACCAAGUUGGAGAUGAGGCACACACGACCACCGCAACUUGGACGGAUCAGAAAAAGGAAGUGGAGGGGAGCAGUGAUGGGAAUAGUUUUCUAAGUAACUUUGCUAAUACCAUUCCCAGCAGUCCAGAAUCUGCGCCUUCACUGCACCAAAGCCAGAGUGAACUUGUGACUGUGGCCGAACGCACUACGUCAUCCCGGUGGCAGCUCGUGGCGCAACCAACCACCGCCAUCUUGCCUCAAACAGCCGAGGAGGCCAGGGGUGAGAUCAUCUACGUUCACCGGCCUGCUGACAACCUCUCGUCUGCUUCUUCUUUGUCACAAAGAGGAGAAAGCGGCUCUAAUGGUGGCUUCACUCCCGUUAUUAAGAAGCAAAGGAAAGGUGCGGGAAGAAAGCCUGGUCGCGGCGCAGCCAAGUUGGUGACUUCCACACCAGAGUCCUUGAUGGAUGUGCUAACCACCACGGAGAUCACCACGGCACAUUUUCUAACAACCACAGACACUCCAAGCACAGACCCUGCAACCGCAGCGGUCACCACUGAGCUUUUCUCAAAAAGCUACUCCGCGCAGGAGCCAUCCAUUUCUGUCUCAUGGAUAGAGGAGACCACGAGCAACGCGGAAGGCAACUUCUCAAUGGAAUCGUCAACAACAACCGCCAGUCAGUUGACGAGUGCUGUGUCAGACUCAAAAGAUGCUGUUACAGAAGUGGAGUCCAGGUUAGCAGUGUCUGAGUCCUUUGUGUUUGGAAGUCAUUGGAUACCUUCCAAGGGAUCCAGUCCGAAGUUUGAAGACCACAAGACUCCGACGGUGACAGACAGCAAAGGCGCAAAACACCCUUUUGGUGUCCUGGUACCCAACUGGGCUUUUGUUCCACCAGUUGAGAGCAACCCGUGCCAGACCAACCCAUGCCUCCACGGAGGGAGCUGCCUGCAGGAGGGCGACGGCUAUAGCUGCUACUGCCCGCAGGGAUUCUCCGGGGAGAGCUGCGAAAUCGAUGUUGAUGACUGCCAGUCCAACCCCUGCCGCAAUGGAGGAACUUGCAUCGACGAGAUCAACUCUUUCGUUUGUCUGUGUCUGCCCAGCUACAGCGGCGCCAAAUGCGAGAAAGACACGGAAGGCUGCGAGCACGCAUGGCGAAAGUUCCACGGCCACUGCUACCGCUACUUCAGCCGGCGGCACACGUGGGAGGACGCUGAGAAAGAUUGCAGGGAGCACAGUGGCCACCUGGCCAGCAUCCACAGCCUGGCCGAGCAGAAUUUCAUUGGAGGUAUCAGUCAUGACAACACCUGGAUCGGCUUAAAUGAUCGCACAGUGGAGGAUGACUUUCAGUGGACUGAUAAGAUGGACCUGCAAUAUGAGAACUGGCGUUCGAACCAGCCCGACAACUUCUUCGCGGGCGGUGAGGACUGCGUGGUGAUGAUCGCUCACGAGAACAGCAAAUGGAAUGACGUCCCCUGCAACUACAAUCUGCCCUACGUCUGCAAAAAAGGAACAGUUCUCUGCGGAGCCCCUCCUCAAGUGGAUAACGCUUUCGUGGUUGGCCGGAAGCGCUCUCACUAUGACAUCCACUCGACUGUGCGCUACCAGUGUGUCGACGGCUUCCAGCAGCGCCACGUACCGACAACAAAGUGCCGUGCCAACGGCAAGUGGGACGAACCAAAAAUCAAAUGCACAAAAUCAGCUCGACGGGCCCACCGGUACCGGCGCCACCACCACAACCACCACCACAAGGGCAGACGGGAGCGCAGAAAGCACAAGCGGCACGGCCACCGGAUCGGCGGCCACCACAGCGCCGACCACAGCCUCAAGCAAGGCCACAUCUGAACCAAAAGAGAAGCAAAAAAAUUCAUUUAAAAAAACCCCGACAUCCGUUCUUCUCUUCUCCUACUCUCCCCAUCCUUCAUUCCUCUUCCUAUUUCUCACUCCCCCUUCUCCAUCAGUCCAUUCGCUGGAGUCCUCCUCUAUCAUAGGAAAUUCCUGGACAAUAGCCGGGACGAUAGCCGCUCCCUCCGUUUCCCUUUUUACGUUUCUUUUGUCCCGGUUUUCUUGUCACUCACACUCACUUGAGUACAAAUUGUAAAUGGGAUCUUUUUGUUUUUGUUUUCUCGGCUCUCUGGGUUUAUUGUUUGGUCUUUUCUUGUGUGUGCGUGUGCGUGUGCGUGUGUGAUUCAGUUCCAUUAUUGUUCGAGGUGGGAAAGUUGCGGAAAAUGUAAAACUGUUCAAUACCAUUUCAAAUACAUCUUUUACACUUCAAAAUAAAUGGUAGACUGAUGAUUUGAUUUUGAAGAAAAAAAUGCGCCCUAAAUGUGCAUGUACUGCAUAGGCGGAAGAAGACCUUUCGUAACAAGCCAUACUAAAUUUAGCUCCUCUCCGACAUUUCAAGCUCAUCUCUCAAUCAAGAUGUAUCACAUGACCCGACAGGACUUGCUCGGAAGAAUUAUUGUGAAGUGUUUCCUUGCAUAUUCGCAACUCACGAAUUCACUCUUUACGCAAAUGUUUUUUUUUUUUUUUGUCAGGAACCUAUUCUUGUUAUUUGCUGAAGAGUUCAAACUGUCAGUUUUUUUGCUCAGGCCAAAGCCCUGCAAAGUAUUGUUGUCCAUUUUGUGGCAUCCUGGUGCCGAGGAACUUUGUAGAAGUGAUUUGAAAAGCUUCGAGUAGUGCUUUGCCGGCAUCGAUUUUCAAAUGCAAACCUAUUUGCCACUGUGCUACCCUUUCCUAUUGAGACAUGACUUUGGCGCCAUCUUGUGGCAUUUUGGUGCCAAGGAACUAUGUUGACGUGUGUUGAGGAAAGUCAUGCAAUGAUUUGCUGCCAUCCUGUGGCUUUUACAAGCAACUUUUAAAGGUGGAUGGUAAUUGCUAGCAGAUUUUCACUAGUCGCAGCAGGACUGGGUCCCUAACACGGUACUACUUAAUUUGGGCAUUGCCUUGGCACUGUCUUGUGACAUUUUCAGCAAAUAGUUUACGCAGAAAUUAAAAACAAACUCAAAAGUGUGAUGUUGAACAUUAAACUCCAAAUACGCAGGUGGUUGUCUAUAAAUCGGCUCUUAUGUUAGGUCCAUGACGCUGCCAUUUUGCGAUAACUCUGUGGACUCCCCUUUCACACUCGCUGUAAAAGCCACACUUUUCCCCACCUCUUGCUUUUGUUUUCAAAGCAAUUGCCGCCACCCCGAUAUGUAUUUCAUACGUUACAUCAGGCAGAGUCUCUAAUGUUAUCUAAGUGUCUUUUUGUGUAACGCUGUGUCUUUGUGAAAUCUCUGCCAUAACCAUUUUGUCAUUUGUUUCUGUGUGAAAGGCGGAAAGGUGUGUGUGUGUGCACGUGCGCGUGUAUUGGCAACUCACUCGGUUUACUCGAAAGUCAAGAUACAAGAAGCAUUUUGCUCCCUCGUUCCUGACAAUUUGCUGUCUGCCCCCCCCAACACCCAAAACCCCCCACGCACACACUUAUUUUCCUCUAAAUUCAGCAGUUAAGGCUUCAGUUGGUGGAUUAAGUCCACAUCACUGACUGCUGUAUUUCUUAUUCUCGUCUGUUAGUUCUUUUUUUUUUAACCCACCUUCGCUUAUUUUUAAUCUCUUGUGCUCAACAGACACAAGAAUGCACUCGAGCAAGCUCUGACUUAACUCAGAGCCCGCUUCCUCAAAGUGAUACAAUUUGGUUUGGAUGUUAAGAGGAGACCAUAUAAGACAGUGUGAAGGGUACUUAACUGCAUGUUUCCAUUCAUGGGUAUGGUUUGGUCCCAUUGUCAAACGCUACAACGGGGACCAGAAGACAUGCUGGGUUUCAUUGUUUCACUCUUUCAGGGACAGCGGUUACUACAGUGGACAGUUUAUCAUGUUAUCAGGUUACAGGGUGCAGGAAAAAGGGUUCAUGUCAGAAAACCGCUCGGAAUCGUCACCAAAUUUGACAUGCACAUCUCCACUCCAACCACUGAAAAUAUCAAUCCGAUUGCCACAAUAUUUUGGAUUUUGUGUUUUCCUCAUAAGGUGACAUUAAGCUGUCCUCUGAAACCGAUGAAAAUGAAGACGUUAAAAUGUCUGUAAAAUGCUCAAUAUUGAUGUGAUCAUUUUGAUAUUUUUUGGGCAACGAUUGAGGCAGUUUUCUGCCAUCAAGUGACGUGAAACUUUUUGUGAAGAGGGAAACACUUAACGGCCUUAAAAUCUAAAAGAUUGAGGCAAUUGUUUUGAUUUCAAAGGAUGAAAUGGUCAUGUGUAUCUGAUUUAUUUAUUUUUUUAAUAACCGGUAGUUUUCUGAGCUCAAACUAACAUUACGGUUUUUUUGUUGUUUGUUUUGGGGGUUUUUUACGUGAAAACUUAUACCACAGGUGUCAAACGCUGGUCCUUGAGGGUAGCUGUCAAACAUGUUUUAGAUUUUUCCCUCCUCCAAUACGCCUGAAUAAAGUGAUCAGCUCAUCGGCGAGCUAAACAGAAAGCCUGACGAUUGCGAUCUUUUGGAUCGGGUAUGUUGGAAUUGGGAAACAUCUAAAACAUGCAGGAUAGCGCCACUCGGCGACCGGCCCCUCCAUUAAGCCCGUGGUUAAUUCUGUUUUGUCAGAUUGUGUAACGUCAGUGUUUCUUAAGACACACGGAUGUGAUUCAAAUCCAUAUAAAAGCCAUAGACCGUUAUCCAAAUCUACGGAAAAUGUGCGUCCAUCCCUCCCCCUGCAUUGUUUCUUUGUAAAUCGGCGUGUGUUUGAAUGGUUGUCGCGCUUGGCUUUGCCGCCGAUGUCUGCUGGUGCACAUCGCGCGGUCGAAGCAAUAAAAACCGGAAAGAAAGUCGGUCGCGAACGCGGCGGCUCAAGCAUUGUUUACUCUCACCAGGCGUGCAAAUUUCCUCGCCGUUGUUUGAUUGCAUACCACCUUUAUGUCAUAACAGUGAUAAAGAUGUUUUUUUUUAUAUUAUAUUUAAGGGAUAUUUAACUCUGUUCUUCUGCUUGUUCUUUAAGACGAGUCAAAACGUUUGGUCAGGGAAGACAAGUUGUAUUCAAAUCUGUCACCAAAUAUGUUUGCAAUGUCUUGUGUCUGGAUUGAUUUCUGCUCAUUGUCCUUCAUGGAGUUGGUUGCCCCCACCACCUGCCCCCUCAGUGAGAUACCAAAGUGUUUUUGUUGCCCUAAAUUUACCAUUUAACAAUCUCAGGAAGAAAUAAAUAAACGUGGACGGGUGAGGGUGACAUGAGAAAUAUUAUUCCCCUUCUUAGCAGUGCUUAAACCAGCGUGUUUGUACUUUACAUGUACCAUUUGCUCUUAUGGGAGGUUUUAUGUUUCAGGGCUGGGGAACCUCACUGCUGUCUUAUUUCUUUUUUUUUUUUCUUUUUUUUUUUUUUUAAGUAUGUAGUACAUUUCUGAAAAAAUAUGAGGCAAUGAAUGCGUGCUGUAGAUUCCUCACCCUUGGUGUUAGGCUGUUGUUUUGGGAUUGGAUACUGUUGAUGCCAAUUUAGGGCAGCGCGGCAUAGUUGUCAGAGGUUUGUAAACAUGUUUUGUUUGUUUGUUUUUUCAAAAUUCUAACAUUUAAACCAGUUAUGGGUUGGAGUCAUGCAGCAUUUAUUUGACACUUUUUUUUUUGUUUUUUUGUUUUUUAAACCCUCGUGUUGCUUAAAAAUGGACCUGAAAUGAUUAUCCACGCUGAUAAUUUUUUUUUUUUUUUUUUUUGGGACUAGUGGUUAGCCCUCCAAACUCAAAGUGGAGAGGUUCUGGGUUCGAAUCUCCUGGAGUUUGCCUGUUCUCUGUUGACAUGAAAUCAAAUGCAUGUGAGUGAGAUUUCCGCACAGGUGGUCUAUUGCCAUUUAAAAAAAAAAAAAACAUAAUGAAUCUAUAAAUUAAUGAAAUACAAAAAAGCCAACUGAACAGGUUCUAUUUGAAAAAGUAUAAUUUUAAAAAUAUAUUUUAUCGAAAGGUUUGUUUUUUUUUUUUGCCCAAUAUGCGCCAUUGCAUAACAGGAGUGUUAAAUAACAUUUGAAUUAAUUUUUCCAAAUAUUCCAAAGCAGGUACAUUCCAUAAGAAGCUUUUUCAAAAGGGCUUCCCCUUACUGCUCCGCUAAAAUAUAUCACGUAAACCCACAUUGUGGACGUAAUCCAAUGAUAAAAGGAUACAAAGCACAUGAAUUGGCUAUGUUAAACAAAAGUCGCUUGCAACGUUUUACUGGACCCGGGAAAAAACACUGCAUCUGGACCUGUUUUGGGCCCCCUGCUUUUUGUAUUGUUUUAUCCGUUGGUUGUCAUGUUGCACUAAGAAUGGCAUCAUCACGUGACUCUCCCCCUUCUUCUAGCUUUUGCGUGUUGUGUUUCUUCUGGUCUUUUGUUUGAUGGAUUUGUAUACUGUAACCAUCCUUCCAUGUUUCUCCACUGUUUGCAUAUUAUAUAAAUCACUCAAAUAAUUUAUUGCUAACAACAACAACAAAAAACACAAAAACAUGCUACUGAUUGUAUGUAUUUUUAAACAAAGUCUAUUUUUUCUGUACAAAAAAAAACAAGAGAAAAAAAUAGAAACUGUGUUCAGCACUUUUAUUCUGGGUUUUUUGCUUUUGUUUUUCUAUAUAUUUAUAAUUUAGAUCCAAAUGUAUAUAUUGUAAAAUUUGUGCCUUUUGACUAAUUCUUUUCAAAAACAAAAUGACAACAAAAAGUGGUUUUCUACUCAUUAAAGGAAGGACUAUAUGAAAUUGCAAUCUUUGUUCAACAAAUAAAAACUUGCAGAUUGCUGAAACUCAA